GCCGCCCUGGUCGAUGUCACCACGGCUCUGGAGACAGAGUCCGCCAACGGCAAGGACCCCCUGGAAGCUGCCGGGGACAACUCGGAAGCCCUGGACGCUCAGGCGGGCUCGGUGGACGAGGAGAACGGGCGGCAGCUGGGGGAGAUCGAGCUGCAGUGCGGGAUUUGCACCAAGUGGUUCACGGCGGACACCUUCGGCAUCGACACCACCUCGUGUCUGCCUUUCAUGACCAACUACAGCUUCCAUUGCAACGUCUGCCAUCACAGCGGGAACACGUAUUUCUUAAGAAAACAAGCAAAUCUCAAGGAAAUGUGCCUUAGUGCUCUGGCCAACUUAACGUGGCAGUCGAGGACGCAGGACGAGCACCCGAAAACCAUGUUUUCAAAAGAUAAGGAUAUUAUCCCAUUCAUUGAUAAAUACUGGGAGUGCAUGACAACGCGGCAGAGACCUGGGAAGAUGACUUGGCCAAAUAAUAUUGUCAAAACUAUGUGUAAAGAAAGAGAUGUGUUCUUGGUGAAAGAGCACCCGGACCCAGGCAGUAAAGACCCUGAAGAAGAUUACCCCAAAUUUGGGCUUCUCGACCAGGAUCUGGCCAAUAUUGGUCCUGCGUACGACAACCAGAAACAGAACAACGCUGUGUCCACCAGCGGAAACUUAAAUGGGGGAAUCGCCGCAGGAGGCAGCGGGAAGGGACGGGGGGCGAAGCGCAAGCAGCAGGACGGAGGGACCACGGGGACAGCCAAGAAAACCCGCAGUGACCCGCUGUUUUCGGCGCAGCGCUUACCACCCCACGGUUACCCUCUGGAGCACCCCUUCAAUAAGGACGGAUAUCGCUACAUCUUGGCUGAGCCUGACCCGCACGCGCCCGACCCGGAGAAGCUGGAGCUGGACUGCUGGGCAGGAAAGCCAAUUCCCGGGGACCUCUACAGAGCCUGCCUGUACGAACGCGUGCUCCUAGCCCUGCACGACCGAGCUCCUCAGUUAAAGAUUUCUGACGACAGGCUGACGGUUAUCGGUGAGAAGGGCUACUCAAUGGUACGAGCCUCGCACGGAGUGCGGAAAGGAGCGUGGUACUUCGAAAUAUCCAUGGACGAGAUGCCCCCAGACACCGCUGCCAGGCUGGGCUGGUCACAGCCACUGGGGAACCUCCAGGCGCCUCUGGGGUACGACAAGUUCAGCUACUCCUGGCGCAGCAAAAAGGGAACCAAGUUUCACCAGUCGAUAGGGAAACACUACUCAUCCGGCUACGGCCAGGGCGAUGUGCUGGGGUUUUACAUCAGUCUUCCAGAGGACACCGAGACUGCCAAAUCGCUGCCUGACACUUACAAAGAUAAGGCUUUGAUCAAAUUCAAAAGCUACUUGUACUUUGAAGAGAAGGACUUUGUGGACAAAGCAGAGAAGAGCCUGAAGCAAGCACCCGGCAGCCAGAUCAUAUUCUUCAAGAACGGUGCCAGCCAAGGAGUUGCCUUUAAAGACAUCUUUGAGGGAGUUUAUUUUCCUGCCAUUUCUUUGUACAAAGGCUGCACGGUUUCUAUAAACUUUGGGCCAUACUUCAAGUAUCCACCCAGAGACAUCACGUACCGUCCGAUGAGCGACAUGGGCUGGGGCGCCGUAGUGGAGCACACGCUGGCGGAUGUGCUGUACCACGUGGAGACCGAAGUCGACGGGAGACGAAGUCCCCCCUGGGAGCCAUAA